UCCCCUCUCACUGUUGCUCUCCCCUCACCUCCCAUCAUCACCACCAUGACUGAUCAUCCCUACACUAAUUACUUCCAUGGAUUCUUCAACCCUCCCAACCCUUCAACUCACCAUUUCCCCUCAUCAUCAUCUUCUUCUUCUUCAUCUUCCACUAACUAUACCUUCCAAUCAUUCCCCUCAUUCUACACUACCUGCAACAAUUUCCAACCUUACCCACACCCCCAAUACCUUCAAUCCUCCCCCUCUUCUCCCCCUCUCAGAGAAGCCCUCCCUCUCCUCAGUCUAAGCCCAACUAGAACUGAGAAUAAUAAUAACAAUAAUUCUCAUGAGGUGCAAGAAUUUGGUGAUGAGGGGGAUGAGGAUUUUGUUGAAGAUGUGAGUGUGGACUUGAAUUUAGGGCUGCCUAAUCAUAGCCCUUCUGAUCUGCAGAUUUCUGGUGGAGGGUUUUCUUCUUCAUCACACAAUGAAGAAGAUAAUAAUAACAAGGGGGAGGAUCAUAGCCAAGAAGUCACACUGCUCAAGGGUCAGUAUUGGAUCCCCACCCCUUCCCAGAUUCUGAUUGGCCCCACACAGUUCUCUUGCCCUCUUUGCUUCAAGACUUUCAACAGAUACAAUAACAUGCAGAUGCACAUGUGGGGGCACGGGUCACAGUACAGAAAGGGACCGGAAUCGCUCCGGGGAACGCAGCCGACAGCGAUGUUGAGGCUGCCAUGUUUCUGCUGCGCCGCAGGUUGCCGGAACAACAUCGACCAUCCUCGCCCCAAGCCGCUGAAAGAUUUCCGGACACUACAGACGCAUUACAAGCGGAAACACGGGAUCAAGCCGUUCAUGUGCCGGAAAUGCGGCAAGGCCUUCGCCGUGCGCGGCGAUUGGAGGACGCACGAGAAAAACUGCGGGAAACUCUGGUAUUGUACCUGCGGCUCCGAUUUCAAGCACAAGCGGUCUCUUAAGGAUCAUAUUAGGGCUUUCGGGAAUGGGCAUACGGCCUGUGGGAUUGAUUGCUUUGAUGAGGAAGAUGAAGCUGCUUCUGAAAUCGAGCAAGAUACCUAGCCUAGCUACCUAAUAAAAAUUAUAUUAAUUUAGUACAUCUAUUUUCUUUUCUAUGAUUAUUUGUGUUUUUUUUUUAACCUAGC